AACAACACAUGGUUUCAGGAGUUGAGACGUUCAUAGGAAAGGUCGCUUUCAUUUAUGUCAUGAAAUAUGAUGAGAUGUUGAAGACACAUGACAACUAUUCCAGACACAUAUUUUACCUUGACAUUUUCUGCAAUAUACCAUAUGGAUGCAAACAGGACAUCAAAUUGGUUCGUGAAUAUUUCGUGUAUGAGAAGCAUUUUCUGAGACAUGAAGUUGAGGGUGGCCAAUCUUGAAACAACUGGUUCAAAUGUGUACAAUUGUACGGUUUACAUGAAGUAUUUCACUGGCAAAAACCAAUAUGGCGGUUGCAAAGUCAAUACUUUCCGUCGAUUCUGUUUGGACGAAUCUGACCAGUCUCCUUGAUCCAAAUGUACCGAACAGGCAAGGUUUAAAAGAAAUAUCGAGAGAUUUUAAUGAAAUCUGUGGUGGUUCUACUGAUUUAGAAUUGUUUAUGUUACACGAGCUAAAAGAAUGGUUCUUAGAACAGUUUGGAAAGGAAAUGAGGACGAAUUUAGCCCCACAAUUUUGGAGUUUUCAUAAGGAUGUUGUGACCAUUGACAACUUGAUAUCCAGUGUGCAAAGUUUGCAUCAACAGGUUGGCUGCUUUCUGGACUCAAUGACUAACCUUCAAAAACUUGCAGAAAAGUCCGAUAUUUUAAGAGAUUUAAAAGAAAAUAUUCAUGCAAUCAUCAGAGUAGUGGUAUUCUCCAAUCCACCUGAAAAUUUCAAGUCUGCUGUUAAAGGCUUUUUCUCCAAAGCAUUCAAAGCACACCAGACCUUGAGUAAAAAUAUUGAACAAACAUUGGAGGAAGAAAAUGAGGAAGAUGAAGAUGGAUGUUGUGAAGGGUGUAAUUGUGUUAAGAACAGAUGUGACUGUAAGCAAUUCUUGGAAAAAUUCUGUUCUUGGAGUUCAAUGUUGCAUUCAUUGGGAGUUUUAAAGGAAGUUGGCAGUGAUGCUUUUGUUUCUGUUAUUCACACAGAGGUUAAAACAAAAAUUGAGAAGACAUGUAAGGGAGAAUAUGAUCAGACAUUUUUACCUUCAUUGAUGGAAUGGCUGAAUGAUGUUGUUUUAGACUGGAUGAAAUUGAUAUUACCCCCAGCAAGUUCUGAUGUACAUGACUUUGAUGUGACUAUUGUUGAAUCAUGGACACCUAGACUUGAAUAUUUCAUGUAUAAAACUUAUGCUGAACUCAGAAUUGAAGAGCUUUUUGGAAUCAUAGUGGACUACCCUGAUUCCCUGAAAGCGUUGGAAGAUCUUAAGGAAUGUUUAGAAAAAACAGACUUACGCAGUCAUCUUAUAACUUGUCUUCGUUCGUCGUUUCAAACUCGACUUCUUCACCCAGGAGCUGAGACAACGGAUAUUUUAACGCAAUAUGUGUCUUCAAUACGAGCGUUAAGAGUUCUGGAUAAUUCUGGGGUAAUACUGGAGAAUGUUUGUGAGCCAAUAAAAGCUUAUUUACGAACCAGGGACGACACUGUUCGUUGUAUCGUAACAAGUUUAACGGAUGAAAACAGUUCAGAAUUAUCUGAGGAACUAUUACAAGGCGAUAGUAAAACAAUAGAAGAUGUACAUCCGCUGGACAGUGAUAACGAAGACGACGGAGAGGAAUGGACCCCUGAUCCUAUUGAUGCUGAUCCAUCUAAGCCGUCAAGAAGCAGAAAAUCUUCAGAUAUUAUUAGUAUGUUAGUUAAUAUUUAUGGCAGUCGAGAUCUGUUCGUCUCAGAAUAUCGCACUCUACUGGCUGACCGUAUUCUUUCGUCCUUCAAUUAUGAUAUUGCUAAGGAGCUUCGUUAUUUGGAACUUCUGAAGCUGCGUUUUGGUGAAUCGCAUCUUCAGUUUUGUGAAGUCAUGUUAAAAGAUGUUGCUGACUCAAGAAGAAUUAACACUAACAUUCAUUCAAAAAUUGAAACAUCAGAACACAAGCCUGAAAUUGAAGUCCAUGGCAUGAUUUUAUCCAACGUUUUCUGGCCAACAUUUAGAGAGGAGAAGCUGGAACUUCCUGAGCAAGUAAAAAGUUCCAUGGAGAACUACACAGAGCAAUUCAAAUCGUUAAAAGGUUCACGUACGUUGCAGUGGAAACCUCAUUUAGGUUUGGUUGAGCUGGAAAUUGAACUUGAAGACCGAACAUUGUCAUUUACUGUGACACCAGCACGAGCUUCGACUAUAAUGUAUUUUCAACAGAAACCUCGCUGGAGUUUGGAAGAUCUUAGCAGUCAAAUGCACAUGUCAACCAGUAUGUUGAGGCGUUGCCUUGGUUACUGGCUUGGUCAGGGUGUGUUGAAGGAAGAAUGUCAGGAUGUGUAUGUUGUUUUGGAGAAGAAUCGAGGUGGACAGAAUGUACAAGAUAUCGUUUUCGAAGCUGAAGGUGAAUCAGCCAUGGCAACUUCACAAGAUCAACGUGAAGGAGAACUGCAGAUUUUCUGGUCGUAUAUAGUUGGAAUGCUGACAAAUCUGGAAAGUUUACCUCUGGAAAGAAUUCACUCAAUGUUACGAAUGUUUGCUAUGAGCGGCCCUAAUACCAGUCAAUGUAAUGUUGAUGAUUUGAAACGCUUUUUGGAGAAAAAAGUUCGCGAUGGAGAACUGCAAUAUGUCGGUGGCAAAUAUAAGUUACCAAAACCUGGAAGAUGAGUCGCAUUUAGUAUAUGUUUAUGUGCAAACACUUUUUCUGUUGUCACAAUAGUGUUAAUAUGCAAAAUAGUGCAUUUCCUUCCCCUGUAGGAUCGCGUUACUGCUGAGAUUGUGUAUAUAUGUAAAUAUAUCGUUAGAAAGUGUACUCGUGUAUAA